UCCACACAUACCUGCAGACUCUGUCCUCCUCACACACAAAAAACACACUACCAUACCGGUCAAAGCUGCUAAACCAGUUGAGCAACUUCACACACCUAUUUAUCUUUCCCCUUUUUCUGUCUCAAGUCAUCAUGAACUAAACACCUCAACUGCAGGACAGCACAGUCGAGGGACGGAAGAAAACAAGGGCAUUCCACUACAUUUGGUGAAGAACAUUUCGACAGCAUGGGUAGUGGCCAGAGCAGCGACAAGUUCCACUGUAACCGUUAUCUGAAUGGAGAGGGACCUCCAUCACUGGUGCAUCAAGCUAAUGAUGGGGUGAAUAGAAAAUACAACGUACUAAAUGGCUACCAGCCAGAGGGCCAGAUGACCUGUGUAAUCCAAAACAGAGCCCUGCCAGGAUUCCCUAAUGAGAACACCAUACAGAUCAACUUCAUGUUUCCAGAUGGAAUCCAGACAGAAAAACAUCCUCACCCUGGCCAACCAUAUUCAGGUCUGCAUCUCUGUGCUUACCUGCCUGACAACCUUGAUGGUGGGAAGGUUUUCAAGCUGCUGGACAAGGCCUUUCACCAGCAGCUCUUGUUCACUGUUGCUGCUUGUAAAGAUGGAGGGGAUAUGGUCAACUCUUCCAUCCCCCUAAAAAUACAAGCAGAUGGAGGGAACCAUGUUGAAUGCUAUCCAGACUCGGACUACCUGAAAACUGUGAGAAAACUCCUGAAGGAUAAUGGCAUUGAAUGACACACAAUACAAACUGCUGGAUGAAGGCAUAGUUAAGUUAAACCCUGGAAAGUCAAACAAUCUAUUCUAUUCUACUCACUUUAUGGACUAGAUUUUUAGAUUCUUAACUAUCAUAUAGUACCGACAGAGAAGUGUCUGUUUGGUCCCAGAUUUAUUCCGCAGUAAGAUUUAUACAGCCAGAGAUAUUAGCCAUUUCCAAAUUGAGCACUUUAGGUUUGAAUGCAGCCCGCAAACUACAAUGUGGCCUGUAAGGCAAAUAAUUUGCCAAUAUGAUUGACAAGCUUUCAUAGUAGAAAUAUUCAAUAUUCAAUUUUAUAGUUCGGUAGUUUUUGCAAUCCUUCUAAAAAUGUAAUAACAAAAGACAUGGGUAAAAAAAAUUACCUCCAUUGCAAAGGUUAUACGCUCUAAAAGCUAACCCUAAGCUAAAAUGACUCCUCUUCUGGCAAUGUGAAAAGAGACAAUAACUGUUUAGCAAGUUUACUUAUUUUCCAAAGACAAAAAAAUUGUAUUGAAACCUCACAAACACAAUUCAAAAUGCCAACAAGACUUAUCCACAGCGUAAAGAAGGAGGAUGAGUGGCCACACACUAUUAGAUGAAAUGAUAUACAGAAAACAGUAAUUUCCUUUGGUCUAUGGAUUCAGGUCUUUCUAUUCACAUAACUCACCACAAACUUUAGUAUACUAAAAUACAGCAGGUCAUAUUUGAUUCCCAGCAUCUCGAAAGGUAUCUUCCAUCUCCAGACAAAAGCAUAUAUCUCUCAAUCACCAGGAUACAUAACAACUUCAGAAAAACAGUGAUGUCAACUUAGAAAUAAAGGGAGGGUCAACCCUCACAGAUUUCACCAUAAUGCCUUUACUUGCCCGUAUUAAAGGUGAUCGAACAGUAUCUUGAUGUUGUAUUAGUGUGUCAGGAAUAUUUCCAAGGAGACAUAGAAGUAGAUUUGCAAACACCUGAUUCUCUAAUGCUGUGCAUCUCAAAUGUAUUUCAUUCACACAGGCAUUGAAGCCAGGUACCCAUGUGAGUUAUACAUAGGAGACAGUUAGAUUUAUACUUGUGACGUCUAUUACUUUGAAUAUAUAUGUUUUUGUUAAUUAAUAUAAUUUAUAUGGUUAUGGGUUUUAUAUUAUACAUAUUGUUUUAUAAGCACGUUUUUACUUUUAUUGAAAAGUGCUAUACAUUUAAAGUUAUUAUGAUUAUGAUCUCUACAUUUGUCUAAUGUACACUAAGAUGUUAACCAUGCCAGUAUGUCCAGAUGCAAAUUGACAUCUUUGAAUAAUAUGUUUGUACUCUUUGUAGUCAAAAAUAAAAUG